AUCCCAGAGAUCACAGAAGACAACAGGAGGUGACCUGACGAACACAUACUUAGAGAGAAAAAAGAAAAGUUUGAGAGAACAGUAAUGGGUUUAUUGAAGCAAGAUUUAGUCUUAUCGUUGCUAGGGGUUUUGUUUCUAAGUUCCCUGCUCCUUUGCAGGGCAGACGUCCACUACUAUGAGUUCUUUGUACGAGAGACGAACUUUACAAGCCUGUGUAACACCACCAAGUCGAUGUUGGUCGUAAAUGACAGUUAUCCUGGGCCGGAGAUUCGGGUUCACAGACAGGACAUUGUGUAUGUUAAUGUCCACAAUCAAGGGAACUAUGGCCUUACCAUUCAUUGGCACGGUGUGAAACAACCAAGAAAUCCAUGGUCAGAUGGCCCCGAAUUCGUAACGCAGUGCCCGAUUCAACCAGGAACAAACUUCACUUAUGAAGUUAUACUGUCUGAUGAAAUAGGAACCUUGUGGUGGCAUGCCCACAGUGAUUGGACUCGUGGCUCCGUCCAUGGUGCCUUUGUCAUUUUACCUGCUGAGAAUGAAACUUAUCCAUUUCCUACGCCUGAUGCAGAUCAAACAAUCAUUCUUCAAUCAUGGUAUAAUAGAGACUACAAAGAACUUAUUGAUGAAGCAACUUCAAACGGUACGGCUGUAGCACCAGCAGAUGCUUACGCUAUCAAUGGGCAUUUAGGAGACACAUACGCAUGUGCCAAUGAAACUUUAUUCCGUAUGCAAGUUGAUUACCAGAAGACAUACCUUCUCCGCAUAAUCAAUGCUGCAAUGAAUGAACAGAAAUUCUUUGCCAUCGCAAACCACAGCCUCUCGGUCGUUGCACAAGAUGCUUCCUACGUUCAAAUUUUUACAAACGACUAUAUAAUGAUAAGCCCGGGGCAAACCAUGGAUGUUUUGGUCUUUGCAAACCAAAACAUGGGCCAGUAUUACAUGGCUACUAGGCCUUUCUCUGAUAGCGGUGCUCCACCUCGCAAUAAUAUCACGAGGGGUGUUUUCCAAUAUACAAACAGUGUUAGUGGAUUGAAUGCUUCCUUAGUAACGCUGCCCGCAAUGACUGAUUUAGAUGCUGCAGCUAACUUCACCAGACGAAUUAAAAAUUCAAACGUCACACAAAAUCCGCCAAUGAAAGUACCGAUGGAUAUCGAUAGGCGUGUCUACAUUGCAAUUGCCUCAAAUAAUUUACCUUGCGAUAAUUGUCCUAUUCUGCCGACUCGAUUAGCUGCAAGUUUGAACAACGUUAGUUUUGAUUUUCCACAAAUUGACAUUCUCCAAGCAUACUACAACAGGAGUAUCAGUGGUGUUUUCACCGAAGACUUUCCCCUUCAGCCACCCGAGUUCUAUAACUUCACUGGAGACUUGACUGGUUUGAAUCCGAAUGCUGAUCUAGGGACAAAGGCCAUUGUGCUAAAUUACGGUGAAGCAGUUGAGAUUGUUCUCCAAACAACCAGUACUGGUCCUGCCGGAAGUCAUCCAAUCCAUUUGCACGGUUUCAGUUUCUAUUGGGUCGGGACUGGCUCGGGAAAUUUCAAUAAUGUCACCGAUCCUAGCUCUUACAACUUGGUUGAUCCACCACUAAUUAACACUGUCCAUGUUCCUCUUAGAGGAUGGGUUGCCGUCAGAUUUUUUGCAACUAAUCCCGGGGUAUGGUUUAUGCACUGUCAUUUCGAAAGGCAUAGUAGCUGGGGUAUGGACACUGUUUUCAUUGUGAAGAAUGGAACCACCGUUGACACAAGCAUCCUUCCGCCGCCUGCCUCUGGCAUGCCUCGUUGUUCCGGAACCUAGAAGUAGGAUAACCUAUGUCGUGUUGUGCUCUAUAUUUUUAACAAGUGAAUGGAAAAAAAUUAUUUGAAAUACUUUCAAUAAGAUUGUUUCUUGGAAAUGUAACCUUGUAGUUCAUAUGCCAUUUAUGUAAUCCUUUGAAGAAAGAAUAAGAAUACAUGUUUGAAUUCUUCUUAGU